GGUGAAGUUUGCUAUAUAAAGCCUGAGCUCCCUCCCGGACACCACUUGUCUGAAGACUCUGCUGCCCAACAUGAAGCUUCUUCUCCUCGUGUCGCUGCUCGGGUGUCUCGCGACCGUGUUCGCGGUCCCUUCCGUUGUGAGAUGGUGCGUCAGGUCGGAAAAGGAGCAGCAGAAAUGUUUGGCCCUUGCAGCGAGUAAUACUGUGUUUUCCUGCGUGUUGAGAGACAACACUCUGGACUGCAUCAUUGCUAUCCAGGCUGGUGAAGCAGAUGCCAUUACUUUGGACGGAGGGGACAUCUAUACAGCUGGUCUGAACAACUACAAUCUGCAGCCCAUCAUUGCUGAAGAUUACGGCACCACUUCAGAAACCUGUUACUACGCUGUGGCUGUGGUGAAGAAGGGCAGUGGAUUUAAGUUCAGUGAGCUUAGGGGUAAGAGGUCUUGCCACACUGGUUUGGGGAAAUCUGCAGGCUGGAACAUCCCCAUAGGAACUCUGGUGUCCAUGGGCUUGAUUCAGUGGGAGGGCAUGGAAGACACAUCACUGGAGACUGUGGUGAGUAACUUCUUCUCAGCCAGCUGUGCCCCAGGAGCUGUUAGGAACACCAAGCUGUGCCAGCUGUGCAAGUCAGACUGCUCCAAAUCCCACAGGGAGCCUUACUAUGACUACGCUGGAGCUUUCCAGUGUCUGAAGGAGGACGCUGGAGAUGUUGCUUUUGUGAAGCAUCUCACUGUCCCGGCCUCUGAAAAGUCCAGUUAUGAGCUGCUGUGCAAGGAUGACACCAGAGCCCCUAUCGACAACUAUCAAUCCUGCCACCUGGCAAAAGUACCUGCUCAUGCUGUUGUCACUCGCAAGGAUCCACAGCUGGCUGAUUUUAUCUGGACGAGCCUCAGUUCAAUUCAGAACUUUGACCUCUUCUCAUCUGAAGCCUAUGCACCUUCCAAAAACCUGAUGUUCAAAGACUCCACAGAGAGACUAGUGAGGGUGCCAGCAAACACAGACUCCUUCCUGUACUUGGGUGCUGAGUACAUAAGCAUCAUCCAUUCCCUUACGAAAGAGCCGUCCACUACCAGAACACCCAAUGUCAUCAAAUGGUGUGCUGUGGGCCAUCAAGAGACAGCCAAGUGUGACAGUUGGGUCAUCAGCAGCGCAAGUGAAGACGGCAACGCUGAUCUUGAAUGUGUGAGAGGCAACACUGUUGAGGAAUGUCUCAAGAAGAUAAUGCAAAAAGAAGCUGAUGCAGUGGCAGUGGAUGGAGGACAGGUGUACACAGCUGGAAAGUGUGGUCUGGUUCCAGUUAUGGCAGAGCAGUAUGAUGAAACACAGUGCAACACCCCUGAAGCUGCAGCCUCCUACUAUGCCGUUGCUGUUGUAAAGAGCACCUCAGACGUGACAUGGGACACCCUGCAGAAUAAGAGCUCUUGCCACACAGGGGUUGGAAGAACUGCCGGCUGGAACAUCCCAAUGGGUCAAAUCUACAAACAAACCGGAAACUGUGACUUCUCCACAUUCUUCAGCAGUGGCUGUGCCCCUGGGUCAGACCCCAACUCUUCUUUCUGUGCAAAAUGUGCUGGCAGCGGCAAAGCUGUGGAAGUUGAGUCCAAGUGCAAGGCCAGCGCUGUGGAGCAGUAUUACGGCUAUGCUGGAGCCUUCAGAUGUCUUGUUGAGGGUGCUGGCGAUGUUGCAUUCAUCAAACACACAACCGUUGGUGAGAACUCCGAUGGCAAUGGUCCAGCAUGGGCUGCAGGUCUGAGGUCUGAAGACUUCAAGCUCAUCUGCCCUGGAUCACCUGAAAAUUCAGUGCCAAUCAGCCAGUACAAGGAUUGUAACCUUGCUAAAGUGCCUGCACAUGCUGUGGUGACUCGUCCAGAGAGCCGCAACACAGUGGUCAGUUUUCUCACAGAGCAACAGAUGAAAUUUGGUAUGGAUUCAGCUGAUGAUGGAUUCAAAUUGUUCGUGUCACAAGAUGCCAAAAACCUCCUCUUCAAAGACUCCACUAAGUGUUUCCAUGAGAUUCCAGCUGGAACAAGAUAUGACCAGUUUUUGGGGUCAGAGUACAUGGAUGCCAUGAAAUCACUCAGAAUGUGUGGAACAACCGCUCCAGAUCUGGAGAAAUCUUGCUCUUUCCAUUCCUGUCAGCAAAAAAAUUAACUUUGACCAUGGACCAUGUGGGUUCUCAUCCAGCCCUCCAUGAUUCAAGCACCUUACCCACAGUUCCCAAACUCAUCUCUAAAAUUGCAUUUUGUAUUUUUCUAUUGAUCUUAUUUUAGAUUUUCUAAAACACUUUCACUUACAAAUCCUACAAACCAGCUACUCUCUGAUCAGUCAUGCUCAUAAGUUCCUAUUUGAAAGCUUUUGAAAAAAGUUACAGCCUGCCAUUCAAUCAACUUUUGUUUGUUUUUUUUCUUAAUGUGACUUUUCCCAAAUAAAGCAUUUAAAUGAU